UUGCAAAAGAGAAAGAGAUAGAGGGCGCUCGAUGGUCUCCGUUAGCUGUUUUCGGGGCCUUGUUGAUAUGUCAACACGUAAUUCCAAUCGCCCAGUAAAAGAGUUAAAAAGUUGCUUAAUAUCACGCAAUUAGUGAGCAUUGAUUCAUUAUUAAUUGUUUGCAUGGUGAAACUGUGCGGGAUUCGUGUAAAAACCGUUGGUGACUCACAAGAUUCGUAGUGUUUUCGAGUGGGAAAGUUUCAGUUUGCCGUGCGAGACACCCGCCAUCACUGUGUACAGAAAAGUGUAUAUACGCCGAGUGUGUGUGUGUCGUGUUGUGUCGUCUGGCUCGUGAAAAAAAAACGCCAUGGCAGCACACAAAAACAAUUUAAAAGCUGGGUCCUAGUGAAACUUAUAAAAUAUAUUCAAUCUCUUGACUGCGUAGAACAAGAAACAAAGCCUAAAGAACAAGUUUAGACUUCCCACAUUGGACUGUUUUGAGAAAAGGUGAUCAUCGCUUGUGCAGGAACUCUUCAACGACAAAUACCAAAGAGUGUUUUCAAGUGAAUUUGGCAGUGUUUGUGUGUGAACCAGCAAAAACUGAAAAAAGACAAGAAAGAAAGAACGGGUUUUUUUUUCGGAGAAAAGAAAAGCCGCGCAUCACCUCAUUUGACCCCGCCUCCAACAGUAUUGAAAAGGUUAAAAGAGGUCAUCGAGUGACCUCUGCUGAAUGGCGAUGGAAAGUUCCGUUAUGGUCCAGCCUAAGCGACCCGACUGGCACAAGCAUGAACAAAUGCAAAUCCACCACAGUAAAACCGGCGAGUGUAUAGUCCUCUCGUCUUCAUCUUCGUCGUCGUCAUCCGGUCGUCCGAGUGGCAACAGCGGCGUCGUUAGCAGCGGCGGCGGCAACAACAGCAGCAGUGCUAACAACAGCACAGCCGUCUAUGGCCGGCUGGUGCCCGAAGAACAGCUGGCAGCCCUUGGACGAGGAUUGUCCGUCAUCAAUCCUAAUGCCGCAAUCAAUUCCUCCUCCUUAGGGAGUUCCUCUCUCUCUUUCGGUGGUGGAGCUGGAUCUGCCUCGACGUCAGCCGCCGGCUCUUCCUCCGACUUGCAGACGAUGCAGUCGCGAAUACCUCGUCAGUUUAGAGACCCUGCCUCGGCUCCGCUGCGAAAACUUUCCGUAGACCUCAUCAAAACCUACAAACACAUCAACGAAGUUUAUUAUGCCAAGAAAAAGAGAAGGGCGCAACAGCAAGCCCCAGGCGAAGAUUCCGGUCAGCAGCACAACAAGAAGGAGCGCAAGGUGUACAACGAUGGCUAUGAUGACGACAACCACGACUAUAUCGUCCGGCAUGGCGAACGCUUUCUCGAUCGUUACGAAAUCGAUUCACUCAUUGGCAAGGGCUCGUUCGGUCAAGUGGUCAAGGCCUACGAUCACGAGGAGCAGUGUCAUGUGGCCGUCAAAAUCAUCAAAAACAAGAAACCUUUUCUCAAUCAGGCCCAGAUCGAGGUCAAAUUGCUCGAGAUGAUGAACAAGGCUGAUGCUGAGAACAAAUAUUAUAUCGUGCGGUUAAAGCGCCACUUUAUGUGGCGCAACCACCUGUGCUUGGUGUUUGAGCUGCUGUCGUACAAUCUGUACGAUCUGCUGCGCAACACCAACUUUCGCGGCGUCUCGCUCAAUCUGACUCGCAAGUUUGCCCAGCAGUUGUGCACCGCCCUGCUUUUCCUCUCCACGCCUGAACUGAGUAUUAUACACUGCGACCUCAAGCCAGAGAACAUCCUCUUGUGUAAUCCCAAGAGGUCGGCAAUCAAAAUUGUCGAUUUUGGCAGCUCCUGCCAGCUCGGCCAACGGAUAUACCAGUACAUCCAGUCACGGUUUUACCGAUCACCAGAAGUGCUCCUAGGCAUCCCCUACGAUUUGGCAAUUGACAUAUGGUCAUUGGGGUGUAUCCUGGUGGAAAUGCACACGGGAGAGCCGCUAUUUUCAGGCGCCAACGAGGUGGACCAGAUGAACAAGAUUGUCGAGGUACUGGGCAUGCCACCGCGGGCCAUGCUCGACUCGGCUCACAAGACCAAAAAAUACUUUGACAAACUGCCCGAUGGCUCCUACGUCCUCAAGAAAUCCAAAGAGGGCAAAAAGUAUAAAGCGCCGGGCCAUCGCCGCCUUCACGACAUCGUCGGUGUGGAAUCAGGUGGUCCUGGGGGUAGAAGAUCGGGUGAAAUCGGACACUUUGUAUCGGAUUACCUCAAAUUCAAGGAUUUGAUAUUGCGGAUGCUGGAUUACGACCCCAAGACGCGUAUCACACCUUACUAUGCUCUUCAGCACAAUUUCUUCAAGCGGACGGCCGAUGAGGGCACCAAUACGCACAAUAAUUCGGCCUCUACCAGUCCAGCCAGCAUGGCGGAUCAUUCCAGUCAGGCGGUGAUGGCGGCGGCAGCAGCGGCGGCGGCUGCCGCAGAAAGUAGAGCGCGGUCGGAUCCGAGUCACGGUGGUCCCGUCAAUUAUUCGGCCAUCGUGUCGGGCUCGUCGACAGCCUCGACAGCAGUCCAGUCUUCUGCUAUGGAGUGCGAAAGUCCCAGAGGUCUACCUCCUUAUCUGCACCAGCAGCAACAGCAGGGCUCACGGCCGCAUCCUCACCACCUGCCCACUUACUCCAACUCUUCGUCGUCCUCAUCAGCGGCGGCGGCCGCCGGAAGGAGAUACGCGUCUCAUCUGGAUGCAAGUGGUGGUGGUGGUGUAGGACUUCAAGUGCUGAAUAGCGGCAAUCCAAGUGUCUUUGCGUCCGGAUCUUCGGCGUUCAUCGGAUCAAGCUCGGCUUUCUCGGUGGGUAGCAACAACGCGGCCACGUACAGCAACCUGAGCGGUGGAGGAAGUGGAGUGAACUAUAUCGGUGGGCCUUCGGCAGCUUUGUCGGCGACGACAUCAUCGCUAGACUGCACGCAGAGCGGCAGCCUCAACUUGCCCCUAUAUCAGACCCCCUACAGUUUAGUUCAUCCGCCCGGACCCAGCGGUCUGUCCACCAACUCGUCUGGUUACUUCAACGCCUCAUCCUCCUCCAAUUCCAUCUACCCCUUCCCUUCCAGUCACGGGAGUAGCAAUAUCAAUAGUAGCAGUAGCGCGUUUAGCAGUAUGAAUGGUCCAACAGCUUCGUCAUCCUCUUCCGCUAAUCAGCUCAUCUACGCCAACGAAAUGCCGUCGGCGACAGGAUCGGCCGUGGGUGGCGGAGCCAUCAAGAAUUCUCGGUCGGGCCCUCCACAGGCGACGUCGGCCAGCGGUAGCAGCGACAGGUCCGACAGUCCCAUGCAAGUGGGCGUUUGCGUCCAGCAAAGUCCCGUAGCAAGCCACUGACAGAUUGUUUUAUUUUAACACAUUUUGAAUUUUGUUUUUCUUCUUCUUUUACGACGCUGUUCUCUUUUGUAGACACACACACACAGGCAGAGUAGAGAAAGAAAGUGAGCGAGUGAAAGCAAAAGUCGUGUGAAAAUAAUAAUGAACCACACAACAACCCCCCCUUCCCUUCUUAUCCAUCCGGAAUGAAAACCUUGAUGGAUUUUGUUUUGCUCAACCUUAGUACUACUGUAUUUUUCAUGACCGCGAAAUGUUUUUUCUCUCUUUUUUAUAUUAGCGAAAAUAAUUAUGCCACACGACUCCUUACGUCCCCCCCCCCACCCCCCACCAAUCGAAUUAUCUGCAAUGUUUUAUUCCCGAAUUUUUUAAAAAGAGAAUCCCGAAUCAAUCACCCGAAUUUUUUUGUGUUUAAAGCAAAAGAAAAAAUGAAUACCAACCUGAAAUGAUUUUCUAAAAAAUAUUAAUUAUUAGCUGGUUUGACGCGGAAAGAGUUCCUAUCCAUCGUCGUCUCCCCCUCUACAAACUGCCUCAUUUUGAUUUUAAGUAGCAUCAAAAGCCGAUCCUUCUUAAUAUAAUUUCUCCUCCGCAACUACUACAUCAACUUCACUCUCCUCCGAAUCUGUCUUUUUAAAAUUAGAUCCGCAAAUAAAAAAGCGACCAAAAUGAACAAAAAAGAGAAACAUGUAAAAA